CAUGCGUUCAAUACAUUCAAGCGUGAGCAAUCGUAUGUGGCAAAAUAUUUGUUGAAAUGAACUUUUCAGACGCAAAAAACGAAAUCGUACGAUUACUCUCCAGAGUAAAUUCCAAGGACCUGCCAAGGUUAAUUGACUGGAUGAAAAACUCUGAUGAAGUGGAUGAUGGAUUGGUUGACAAUCAAAAGGUGAUACUUCAAAGUAUUUCAGAGGAUCUUAGGACAUGUCUUCCUUUGGAGGCUGUGCUCUCCUCCGAGUCCUUGGCUAUUCAGAAGACCCAACAGAACCCCCAGCCCACACUGCAUGUGGAUGCUUUCCUGUAUGAUGAGGAGACCGUGGAUACACUCUGUGAGGAGGGCAAGAUGAGCCGCAACUACUGCUUGAACUGUGGCACUCACAGAACAGCUCCCCUGGAGUUCAUCUCUCACUCCUUCUCUAUAUUGGAGCUCCAGUUCAUAUUCCAGCAUGUCCUACCAGACCUGACUGGGAGACUAGUGGUGGAUGUGGGUUCCAGGCUAGGGGCAGUACUUUAUGGGGGGUACCUGUACAGCUCUGCAGCUCGGCUUGUUGGGGUAGAGAUCAGUGCAGAGUUUGUCAGGCUUCAGAAUAUGGCUGUGGAGAAGUAUGGCUUCAGUGACCGAAUACAGGUCAUCCAUGCAGAUAUAAGUACUCAGGAUUCCCUGUUACAGAAUGCAGAUGUUCUCAUCAUGAACAAUGUGUUUGAGUACUUUCUACAGCCCAAUGACCAAAUGAAAGCCUGGUAUUUUAUCGUUGACAAUUUCCGCAAGAAUGGUGCUCUAUUGGUUACAGUUCCAAGCCUCCAGGAAGCACUUUCUUCACAUCAGGGAGGGCUCAACCUCAGCCAGUGGGUAGAGGAACUACCUCUGGAUUACAACGUCUAUCUGGGGAAGGACGGUGACCCGGACGCAUUCAAAAAUGUACACCUGUAUAGGGUACUGUAACCAUGAGUGAAGUCCAAACAUCCGCACAGACUUUCUGGCCCUUGGAAAUUGACUUUCUGCUACAAUGCAGAUGGAUUCUCUGAUAGGACUGUGCCUUACCAUAUCAUGUUCAAGGUAUAACAAUCUAUAAAGAUGACCGAGUGAUCUGUGACAAGAAAUCCCAAUGAUAUUUGUUAUGUACUUUACAGUUCAGUGAAUGAUCUGGCAGCCUUUUUACAGAAAAUGUUUGACCAAUGUCUGAAAUACUGUAGUAAAUAAAUCUUUAAAACAUU